CAUUGCUCAAUCAUAUAUCCUUGCCCUAAUACCGCUGUUGAAGUUCUUUCUCGUUAUAAGAGAUGAAGGUGGUUGCUGCUUGUAUGCUGGCUGCUUUGGGAGGCAACGCCAGUCCUUCGGCCGAUGAUGUGAAGAAAAUUCUCGGAUCAGUCGGAGCUGAAGCCGAUGACAAUAGGAUCGAAUUGCUCUUGUCCGGACUCAAAGGAAAAGAUAUCACCGAGCUAGUUGCAUCUGGAAGAGAGAAGUUGGCAUCGGUGCCUUCCGGUGGCUCAGCUGCCGUUGCAUCACCUGCAGCUGCUACUACCGCUGCAGCUCCUGCUGCUGCUGAGGAGAAGGCUGAGGAGAAGGCUGAAGAGGAGGAGGAGGACGACGAAUUUAUAUCGAAUAUAUUUGACGAGGACUAGAACUACAUAGGGCGAUCUCAAGUACCAGAAUCACUCAGAGAUGGAUGUAAUGCUACGGAGGAUCCCAAUCUGUAGUUGCAUUUGGUUUUGCUAUUUCUAAAAUUGUUCCUUUAGAUAUGAAAGUGUUGCAGGACAUCGUUAAUAUUUAAAUUUCGGAUUAUUAAACUAUUAUAAGUUUAUAUUUCGGUUUAAUUUGUGAGAAUGUUCUAUU